AUGAAGUUUGUGCUGGGAUGUUGCUGGAAGUUCGUCUCACAUGCAGACUCUGAGCCUCCGCCCUCCUCCUGCCUCAUGUCGCACUCGAAACGGAAGCUCGAGGCGGAUCUAGAGAACGUGUCUAAGGCCAGCAAGUCUCAGAGGACACAUCCACAAAAUCCUCUGCCGGCAGACUCGAAUGCUCCCGAGCACAUCGAGCACGUCGAACACGACCCAUCAUCAUCGCCUUCACUGCCAGACACAACUGCAGCAGCACCAGCAGAGUCCGAUCAACAACAGACAGAACAUUCUGAUCCUUCGCAGGAGCCAUUGCAUGACUUCAAGGCCCCGAAGCACUAUCGCGGGCGCAGGUUGUCUCAGAGCAUAGACGACAGGUUCAGCGCAAUCUACUUCGCCACUACCGCUACUCGGAUAGAGUCGCAGCCAGCACAAUCCCAGCGGGAAGAUGCAGACAACUCUGAUAGCUCGAACAUUCCUGGUUCUAUUUCCCAGCUCUCCCCGGCGGAUACACAGGCGCUGGACUGUGCGAACGAGGGGACGGCAGCGGUCAACUCUGUUCGGAGACUCUUGGUUUCUGACAUGGCGAUGGCCGGGAAGCAGCUCAGCCACGAUUCAGACGCCAACACCCAAAAUGCGAAGCAGGUGCUGAAGAAGCUGGAGAAGGGUACCAUCUGGCAUGCAGUCAGCUACGCCGACACUCUGGAGGGGCAACAGAGUUUCGUCGCCGCCAACGCCAAGUCCAACCAGCUCUGGCAGGUGGGAGAAGAGCGGGGGGUGAUGGGGGAGACGCCGUUGCACCUUGCUGUCCUGUACUGCAGCUCAGAGGCGCACAAGAAGAUGAUCUUUGACCUGUGGGACACAUACCCUGCCCUCCGAUGCGCCAUCUACGAGGGGCAGCUCUAUCACGGGGAGAACGUGCUGCAUAUCGCGAUCGUGAAGAGGCUGGGGAUCCAGGUCAUCCAGAAGUUCUUGAGCCCGAAGGAGGGAAAGAUUCUACUGGAGCAGAGAGCUACGGGGAGGUUCUUCUCAGACCCGAGAGAGUCCGAUGGUUGCUGCAACUUCGGAGAGUAUCCGCUGGCGUUUGCAGCGUGCUCGAAUCAGAAGGACACGUUCGACUACCUCGUGCAGUGUGUAAGAAAGACCACCUCCUCUACCUCUCUGGUGCUGGUGCUGGUGCUGGUGCUGGUGCUGGUGCUGAUGCUGGGAGCCAAACUUGACAUCUUCACUGGCAACCACCGAAACCUCCUGCACCUUCUUGUCCUCCACAGCGUCCACAGGCCUCAGCAGGAUGUCGACUCCGACAUCUUCGAGGCCACGGCGCUCGAGAGUCAUUACGACGAUCCGUGCGAGUGGUGCAGAGACAUGUUUGACCAUAUCCAGAAGCUGAUGAUGGAGAAGGGGAUCUAUGAAGAGAUGUGGGACGCUCAGGAUGUGGAAGGAUACACUCCUCUCACCCUUUGCGCAGCAAGGGGAUCGCGCAAGAUGUUCGACCAUCUCUUCCAGAAGCUGAUGAAGAAGGAGUGGCAGUAUGGGCCCGUGACCUGCUCGAGACUUUAUCUGCACGGAGUUGACAUUCCGAUUGACACGAGGGAACAAAUGAGUAAGAGCGUCAUUGAGGUGGUGGUGGAGAGCGAGAGGUUGGACAUCAUCAGCGAGGGCCCCCUGGACAAGAUCCUCGACACCAAGUGGGAGAAGUACGCCAAGAGAAUCUUCUCCCAAAGAUUCGUUCGAGCACUGGUCGUGGCUUCCGUGCUGACUGUCAUCAUUGCGGUGGAUUCGGAGCAUCCGCUGGGCGCGGUCCGCGACAGGGUUGAGCACAUCGGCCUGGAGCAACCUGGGCAGCAUGAAGGUCCCACCUGCCCUCCCAGCUGCUCUGCCGUGUCGCCUGACUCUGCGUGUGGUUGGGGAGCGCAGAGCCUUGGCCCCCUGCUGGACUUUCCUCUCGCUUUCCUCCUCCUCUACCUCCGGGUCGUAGUGCCGUCGUUGACCCUGCGGGCGUCGAGCAGAGGUGAAGACAUGGAGGUACCGCCGCUGCCUUCCAACGCCGUCGUCCUCGAAGUCAGCAGAAGGGAGAAGCUGGGCGUGAGCCAAGUGGAGAAGCAGAUCCUCAUCCUGCAGGUGGGGGCGGCGAACUGA